AUGGUCCUCAAAUUGGUCGAACACGUCAAGGCACGCACCAGGAGCGUUCAGCUGGACAAGUCCACCACCUACGACUCCUCGAGGAGAUACAGCAGCCUUCCGGGAACCGUCGAUAUCGUCGUCCACAAGGCCAAGGGGAAUUCCAGGUCUACCUCGGAACCUUUCUCGGACUCGACUGUCACUGUUCGCCGCUAUAAGAGCAUGCUUGACGUGGAUGAUGCACCCAAGAUCGGGCCCAACAAACCCAUAUCAUACGAGGAUCUUUAUCAGAACACCCAGCACAAUACUCCGCCACCCAUUAAACACCCUCGGUCGGAAUCCUCCCAGGGGCCCCAGGUCGCCAACCAGCCAGCCAAGGUUGACAUGGCUCUGCCAACCGCUCCGCCAGCAUCAAGACGAUGGUUUGCUAACGUGGUUGCACUUCCAGCCUCCGAAGGUUCCCCCGCCACCUCCCCGCCGCCCUCGAGGGCGCCCACCUCGCCCCCUGCGGAAGACCCAGCUUCUGACCCUUACCAAGCUGGUGGUGCCUCGUCGGCUCCCUCCAGUGAUCUUAGGAACAUUGUCCGUCGCAAGCUGACCGGCUAUGUUGGCUUUGCCAACCUACCUAACCAAUGGCACCGCAAGAGUGUCCGCAAGGGAUUCAACUUCAACGUCAUGGUUGUUGGUGAAUCCGGACUCGGAAAGUCGACCCUUGUCAACACGCUCUUCAACACCUCACUGUACCCGCCCAAGGAGCGCAAGGGACCUAGCCUCGACAUCCUCCCCAAGACUGUCCAGAUCCAAUCCAUCAGCGCCGACAUCGAGGAGGCUGGCGUCCGUCUCCGCUUGACCGUCGUUGACACCCCUGGCUUCGGCGACUUUGUCAACAACGACGAGUCCUGGCGCCCGAUCGUUGACAACAUCGAGCAGCGUUACGACGCCUACCUCGAUGCCGAGAACAAAGUGAACCGGAUGAACAUCGUGGACAACCGUAUCCAUGCCUGUGUCUUCUUCAUCCAGCCCACUGGCCACUCUCUGAAGCCCCUCGAGAUCGAGGUCAUGCGCCGCCUUCACACCAAGGUUAACUUGAUCCCCGUCAUUGCCAAGGCCGACACCCUCACCGACGAGGAGAUCGCCAACUUCAAGUCAAGAAUUCUUUCCGACAUCAAGUACCACGAUAUCCAGAUCUUUGAGGGUCCUCGUUACGAGCUCGACGAUGAGGAGACCAUUGCGGAGAACAAUGAGAUCAUGUCCAAGGUCCCCUUCGCUGUCGUUGGCGCUACGAACGAGAUCACCAAUGCCGACGGACGCAAGGUCCGCGGACGUAGCUACCCCUGGGGUGUCAUUGAGGUCGACAAUGAGGAGCACUGCGACUUUGUCAAGCUCCGCCAGAUGCUCAUUCGUACGCACAUGGAGGAGCUCAAGGAGCACACCAACAACAGCCUGUACGAGAACUACCGUACCGACAAGCUCAUUGGCAUGGGCGUGUCGCAAGACCCGAGUGUGUUCAAGGAGGUCAACCCCGCUGUCAAGCAGGAGGAGGAGCGCGCCCUACACGAGCAAAAGCUCGCCAAGAUGGAAGCCGAGAUGAAGAUGGUCUUCCAGCAAAAGGUCGCCGAGAAGGAGAGCAAGCUGAAGCAGAGCGAAGAAGAGCUCUACUCCCGCCACAGAGAGAUGAAGGAGCAGUUGGAGCGCCAACGCAUGGAGCUCGAAGAGAAGAAGCAAAGAGUCGAAAGCGGCCGGCCCAUCGAGAAGGAAGGCAAGCGGAAGGGCUUCUCGCUCCGUUAA